AUGUUCCAUAACUUGUGCAGCUGUGUCAGUGCAACUAUAACAUACAUAUUGGUUUUUGAUAGCAUAGUGAAUGAAGAAUCUAAAGACUUUAUGGUGCUCAGUGACUUGGAAAACAAGAUAUCAACGAGUUUUUUGGAGCAGCUAAAACCAAGAAUGGUUAUGCACUCACCAACACAAUAUGAAGCACCUGCUCAAAUGGUUAAUAAUUGUGGACAAGAACAGAAUGGCAGAUUGUGUAAUCAUAGAAGCGGGGAAUCAUCAAAUGCAAAUAACGUAGGCUGUGCUUGUAAAACUGGGCGUAAAUCAGUGAGCGACUAUAUUCAGACAACCUAUGGUACAACAUUCAAUAUUCUGAGAGCGCCAUUUAAAAGAACAUUUUUAGAGAAACUCUCCGGGCUAACACGGAACUAUGUUCCCACAUUCGAUCACGAUGAAAUUAUGGAUAUCAUGAUGAUAUUUGAUUAUUCAAAAGCAAGUGAUCUGCUUGCAUAUGCUGUAGUCGUAUAUUUAAUGAAUAAUCCUGAACUUGUCAAUCAGAUACAAAGGCAUGACUCAGCUAAGUUCAACUCUCCUAAAUUAAACAAUUUUAUGAUUUCACUAGCUGCAUCAUUUUGUUUUUCUGAACGGGUGUAUGAAUGGAUAGUAUACCAAAAUAGCGCUUUUGAGUAUAACUGCCACAUUAGGUCAUUCCUUUCUACUAACUGUUGUAUAGUUACAAAUCAAUAA